AUGCUAAUGCUUGUAUUAGUAUGCUGUAUGAUUGUGGUAUUUCUGUCAAUGUUUAAACUACCUGAUGAUUCAAUUGGGAAAAUGAAUGAUUCCUCAAAAAUUAGGGGAAUUCAUUCAAAGAAUGAGAAAUUGGGUAAAUUUGGGGAGAUGAUGGUUGGAAUGUUACCUGAUGAUCUUGCAUUUACAGUGUUUGUGCCCUCUGAAAAGGCCUUUGAACGUGAUUUGGGAUUAAGGGCAAACCACAGUUAUGAUCCUAAAGAGUUGGACAAUGUAUAUGCAACGGCUUCUCAUGUACUAGGUUUUUCGACGAUUCCUCAAAAGAUUUAUACUGAUUUGCUCCCUGACGGGAAGGGUUUGUCAUAUGAUUCAAUCUCUGGAUUUGCAUUGUAUAUUUCAAAGGAUUUUGAUGGGGUUUUGGUUGUUAAUAGGGUUAGGGCAAAACAAGUUGAUCUUAAAAGAGGUGAGGUGGUGGUGCAUAUAAUGGAUGGAGUUAUAAUGGAUGCUGAGUUUGAGCAGUCAGUUAAGCCUGCUGAUGAAGAUGAAAUGGCAAUUAAAGAUUGA